UCCCAGAACUCAGAACAGUGCUGGUGAGCGGCUGCAGUCUCAGGGUGGCCAGCAAAGAACUCCUUUUCGGCCUCUGGAUUUCUUUAGAACGUCCAGCUUCCUACAGGGCCUGCUCUGGCCACAAAGGGGAGCUAGGAGCCUGCUCUUCAGGCCGCAGCUUCUCUCCUUCAGCACCACAGAGUUUGCUGCCUGACCCCGACUGGGCCCCCGCAGACCUGAGAGGAAUCAGGUUCCCUGCAGGCAUGCGUGGUGCUCAGUGAUGGGUCAAAGUGAUGGGGUCGGGAUUUCAGCGUAGAGAAGGGACAGAGGGGAGCACAUCUCUCUCAUGACCCGGGGAGCAUUUCUCUCUCAGGACCCCAGCAGCACCAAAACUCUGCUCCUCCCCAUCAGAAGGACAGCCAUGGAGCCGCUCAUGGUGACUCUGCUGCUGGUGGCCUCGUGUGCGUCGGCUGUCCAGGGCUCCCCAGAGGUAGACGUCAAGGAGGCUGGCGUCCACCUGUCCCGGCCCCUGCACAUCGUGGUGGAGCGCAACCUGAUGGUGCUGACGGCGGCCGGCCUGACCCAGAUGCUGAACCAGACACGCUUCCUCAUGGUGCUCUUCCACAACCCAUCCACAAAGCAAUCGAGGAACAUGGCUGAGGAGCUGGGCAAAGCCAUGGAGAUCAUGGGCAAAGGCAAGAAUGGAAUCGGCUUUGGCAAAGUGGAUAUCACAGUGGAGACAGAACUUCGAAAGGAGUUUGAUGUUAAGAAGGCCCCAGAGUUGAAGUUGUUUUUUGAGGGCAACAGAUUGGAGCCCAUCAGCUGCACAGGAGUGGUUGAAUCUACUGCCUUGGUCGUUUGGUUGAGAAGACAAAUUAGCCAGAAAGCAUUUUUGUUCACUAAUGCCCAACAGGUGGCAGAGUUUGUGAAAUCCAGGCCCUUGGUCAUCAUUGGCUUCUUUCAGGAUUUAGAGGAAGAAGUAGCACAGUUGUUCUAUGAUAUGAUUAAAGACUUUCCAGAGCUAACAUUUGGAGCAAUAUCAAUUCACAAUGCCUUGGGGCAUUUCCACGUCACACUGGACAGUGUCCUGGUGUUCAAAAAGGGGAAAAUUGUGAACCGCCAGGAGCUCAUUAAUGACAGCAACAACAAAAACAUCCUCCACCAAGUCAUAAGAGAGCAACUCACCGAUCUGGUGAUUGAAUACAACUCUGAGAAUAAGGAUCUGAUUUACGAAUUGCACAUCCUGAAUCACAUGCUGCUCUUCGCCUCCAAAGCUUCAGAGUCAUUUGGAAUGAUAAUGCAGCAUUAUAAGCUGGCAUCAAAGGAAUUUCAAAACAAGAUUCUCUUCAUCCUCGUGGAUGCGGAUGAACCCAGAAACGGGCGUGUCUUUGAAUACUUCCAAGUCACAGAGGUUGACAUCCCCUCUGUCCAAAUCCUAAACUUGAGCUCAGAUGCGAGGUACAAAAUGCCUUCUGAUGAGAUAACUUAUGAAAACCUCAAGAAAUUCAGCAAUAACUUCCUGAACAGGAGAGCCAAGAAACAUCAGCCCAGCGAAGAGAUUCCAAAAUACUGGGACCAGCGUCCGGUUAAGCAGCUUGUGGGGAAGAACUUCAACCUAGUGGUCUUUGAUAAGGACAGGGACGUAUUUGUGAUGUUCUAUGCACCCUGGUCUAAGAAGUGCAGGGCACUGUUCCCCCUGUGGGAAGAGAUGGGCACAAAGUAUCAAAACCACUCCACAGUCACCAUCGCCAAGAUCGACAUCACGGCCAACGACAUAGAGUUGAUGUAUCUGGACCGGUACCCCUUCUUCCAACUCUUCCCUACUGACUCUCAACAAGCUGUACCAUAUAAGGGAGAACACACUCUGAAGGGCUUUUCUGACUUUCUGGAAAGUCAAGUCAAGACCAGGAUUGAGGAUGAAGAUGAGCUACUAUCUGUCGAGCAAAAUGAAGAGAUAGAAGAGGAGGUAUUAGCUGAGGAAGAGGAGGUGCAUUUCAUGGAGCAGCAAUUACCUGAACAGAAGCUGCCUGUGCUGGAGAAGGCAGCCAAGCUGGAUGAGACAGCUGGGCAGAAGGAAGCAGCUAAGGAGGAGGAGAAAGUGGCUAAGCCAAAGGGGCCUCCAAGAUCAGAGAAGAAACCAGAAAUAAAGGAAGAAUUGUAGCUUUUCCAAAGCCAGGAGAGAAGAUGCCACUUUUCCAGGUUCUGGCAUCAUUUUCUGAGCAGAUCUACUUCAAUAAAAUUAUAUAUCAUUUUGGUGGUUAGGUGGGGGCUGGAUAAUAAAGGUCCUAGA